AUGGCUCGACGACAUUUCUCUUUUGCAAUUCUUGUGAUCAUAUGUCUUGCACUAGCCGGUGGAGCUUACGCCGCCGGUUCAUCAUCACCUUCUCCACCGGCGACGACGUCAAACACCACAGAAACAUCUUCUCCCGAGACUAUCUUCGGCUUUAACGCAACGAAGGGCAAUAGUCAAGAUUACUCGGACUACGAAGUCCCGACGAAUCUAGCACCCGAUGGAGUCGAAGUCGUUGAAGAUUACGUGCCAAUUAGCGUAAACAGUGAUAAAGACAAUGAUGUACUUGCUCAACCUGAAGGUGAAUCAGAUAAGAAAACAACUCAGCAGCCCAAGGACUCAUCUUCUUCUUCUUCUUCUUCUUAUUCUUAUUCUUCCUUCGUCGUCCUCUUUGUCGUUGUUUUUGUUUUGAGGUUUGAUAUAAAUUAA